UGAAAGAUUAGUGGAACUAGCUAGAAGUAGAAAACAGUUGAGGGACGCAUCCAACCCCCUAGAAAUGGCUUCCACUGAAUUUUUAAAGAACUUUAGAUUAUCUAAAGAGGCGUUUGUGAACCUACUGUCCACUACAGAAAACCAGUUGCAGCAGUGCACCCGAGCCAAAUCGAUUCCUAAUAUUUUAAAGCUAGCCACAGUUCUGCGAUUUUGUGCUCAGGGAUUGUACCAAUUGAGUAUUGGUAAUGAAGGUAUGAUAGAACUUGCUCAACCCACUGUGUCUGUUGUGCUAUCAGAAAUAAUAGAUGUCCUGGAAAAUUAUAUUUGCCAAAGAUGGGUAAAAUUUAGUAGCACUGAGGCUGAUCUGCAACAAAGAAAAGCACAUUUUUAUAGCAAAUACCGGAUUCCAGGAAUAAUUGGCUGUGUUGAUGGCACGCAUGUUAAAAUUGUCGCUCCCAGGAAAGAAGUUCAGCAUUUGUAUUACAACAGGAAGGGAUUCUACAGCAUUAAUGAUAUGAUUGUAAGUAGACAUUUGCAUAUAUUUAAAUAUGAGUAA